UUGAAGUUGAGACAAGCACAAUUGUUGAAUUUUUUUUAAAUUAAUGUUGUUCUUUUUUUUAGCUCAACGUUUGAAAUAAUUCUUGUCGUUAAUAGUUUACUCGCAUUAUUUCAUGUAGUUUAUUGAUAUUAAGGUUUAUUAAAGAGUGCUAUUUUACAAGAUUUUUCUACAACUUUACUGAUUGUAUAUGCAGCUUCAAAUACUAUUGUGUACAUAGAUAUUGUAUAUACCUUAUGUGUAAAAGACAUGAAGGAUAAUAGGAGCCAAGUUUUAGCUGGAUCAGACGAUGUCCUAAUUGAUAAAAAAUUGGCUACUGAAGAACAAAUCCGCAAUGCUAAACUUUUUCAAAUUAAUACAAAAGAUGACAUAAUAGUACAGAAACAACUAAAAGAGAUCGCCGAAAUAACUCAAAAAAAUCCUGAUAUAAUUGCUCUUGCAUUACAUGAUGCAAACUACGAUACUUCAAUUGCUAUUGGAUUUAUCUUAGAAGGACGGUAUGAUAGCACACAGUGUGAUUGGCAAACAACUGCAACAAAAAAAGGAAAGAAAGUUCUUGCUUACACAGAUAAGUCAGUUGAAGUCGAAGAGAAGGAACAAAAGCCUUCUAAGAAUUAUUCUAAAGACAAAAGUAAUAAAGAAGGAAAAUCUUGGAUUACACAACCAUUAAUAGAAAAGCAAGGAAAAAACAAUGAAACUGAAAGGUUUGAUGUUAAAAAAAAUGAAGUAAAAACAGAAGUGAAUAAUUUUACAAAUGAGCAAGGACGUGGCAGAGGUAGAGCAAGUAGAGGAAGAGGAAACUUUAGGGGUGGUCGUGGAGGAAGAGGUGGUUUUGGUAGAGGUGGUUUUGGCAGAGGUGGAUUCGGUAGGGGUGGAAUGGCAUUUCAAAGUCCAUCAAGGCAGAACAAAUAUGGGCCUGUGAAAGGAGGAAGGGCGCAAAAAUUGCAGAAACUUGAAAAUGGAGAAAAUGAUGAGGAGUCAUGGGAAUGUGAGGCAAAACACAAUGAAGACAGUGAUGAUAACAAAGAUUGGUUAGGGCCUACUGAAGAUUUAAAUCAAACUGAAUAUCCAAAUGAUGAUUUUUCAAAGGAAGAGUCAGCCCAUUUAUCAGACAGUUCGCUUCCAAAUGACAAUAAUUGGGCACAAAUGAAUGGUAUGGAUUCUUCUAUGCAAUGGAAUGCAACAAUUAAUGAAGGGAAAUAUGUUCCUGAAAAUGUUGAUGCAGCCAUUAUUUGUUCAAUUCCACCUUCAUCUACAUGUGGAGAAGUUACUUCAUAUCAACACACAAAUGACUUAUCUCGCUACAUUACAGCUGCUGCUAGUAAUCAAUUUCCUUCGAGUCACCAUGAAGGUAGUUUAGUUGUGACAUCGUUAAACAAUAGAGUUUUUUCGCAAGCUAUGUCUUCGAUCCCUGAAUCAAAUCAUCGUUUACUUUCUUCUAUGCCAGUUGUCACUGGUGUUACUGAAAGUCAUAAGCUUGAGCAGGAACAACUGCAGUCUCCUAAACUGUCUCUAUCCCAACAAACUCGGUCUCAGAAACCAAAAAAAGCUCAUAAGUCUAAUUUAGUUCCUUCUCAACCAGUUGUUAUGCCUCGAACAACACAUAUGGUUGCUGACAUUGAGGAGCAGCUUUUAGGAUUAGAGUUCGGUAGUGGUCCAAUAAGUCCUGUUCAAUCCAAGAUAACUGAAAAAUCGCUGCUACCAUCAACUUUGAGUGCUUCUUCUACAGAAAACAUUUUGAUAGACGAUAGGCAUUCUAAAGCAGAAAUUAUUUCUUCUUCGUCACUGUUGCAACAACAUCGAGUUCCUUCUACUCAAUUAGAUCCAACUCAAAUUGUUACCUCAAAAGUGGAUAUUCCUAAAACUCCACCUGGUUUUAAACCCUUAACUCAACAAAACUAUGCAAACAAUUCACAUAACUUAGCUCAUAUGGUUUCAGACUCAAACUCUUUUGCAACAAGCGAUUCAACGCCUUUAACAGUUUUUUCGCGCAACGGAACAUUAUCUUCAAAUGUGGCAGAAUAUUCGCUUGGAGUAAACUUAAAAGGUAAUGAUGUUUAUCAGCGAGACUCUAGUUUGGGAUCAAGUAAAUCAAUACAAGAGCAAAAUAUUUUGACAGAGCAGCAGUAUAUAAACUAUUCCAGAGAAGAAGAAAGAGAGCAGGCUUUGGCAGAUCAGAGAGCAUUUGCAAAGGUUAAAUCUAUAGCAAAGCAGAAACAACUAGAAUUACAAAGAGAUCAAAUAAUUGAGGAGUUAACACGGAAAAAUCUAGCAACUGAAUUUUCUGAUAAACACUUAUCGGAUCCAAUAAUGGCAAUGAGUGAUGCUUCCAUUAAGAAAAAUCUCUCUGGUUCUAAUGUCAGUAGUUCAAUGAAGUCAACAUCAAAUAUAACUGGUGUUUUGCCUCAAGCUGCUUACUCCACUUCUGCUGUAUCCAGUGAAAUGCUUGACCUUGCUUCUGUUACAAAUAUCCAAACAUCUUCAAAACUUCAAGAUGAAACAAUUGUUGGUUCACAUGCGCUUCAUCCUCAUUUAAAUAUAUAUUCUGGAGUUCAACCAGGAAUGCAUCCUGCCUAUCAACAUCAACCAAUUCAUAGUUACAAUUAUGAAGAACUUAUGCCGGUGCAAAGAGUGCCUGUGUCACCAUAUCAACCAUAUGAUGUUCCAAUUUUCCAGCCUCUUGGUGGCUCCUCUAGGGAUGGACUACCUUAUCAAGGUAAUGAUUCAAAAUAUUCCCUUACAAGCACUGAUGAAACUGGGAAUGUUGUACAAGCAACUCCACAUAUGGCUACCGGUAACCUAACACCUCAACAAACUGCUUAUUUAGCUAGUCAGUAUCAGUAUGGGUUAUCAGUAUACGCUUAUCAACCUGGUAUGAUGGCACAAAGUUAUCAUCCUUCUGUGUACCAAGCUAAACCUGUUGCUGCACAAUUUUCUUCUCAGUAUCAGUCUCAACAAAGUGGAUUUGUGCCAAACAAGUUCACUGCAACAAGCAGCGCAAGCCAUUCAUCUUCGCCAACAGUUUAUAAAACUCAGUAUCAAGAACCAACCAAAGGUUUUCAUAGCAAUCAAGUAACUAACUUAAACUCACAGCAUGGUUUGAUUCACAAUCAGACUCCUCAACACAUGACCAAUGUGAAUCAUUAUAUGAUGUCUCAUAGUGGGCAGCCUCAAUGUUAUUUCCCAGGCCAGCCAUUUGGGAAACCUCCAACAGCAAAUGGACACUUCUGCGCAUCGUGGGUCUGUUCACCAGGUGUCGUUUAGUCCCAACGCUAACCAAAAAAAAGACCUCAAAGGAAGCUACCAAUCAUAUUGGUCCGGAAAUAGGUAAAAGCUAGCCGCUUAAUCGAGUGAAAAUAGCGACCUGUAGAUGGUCAAUUUAGAGAACUGCGUUCUCCAUACGCAUCCUAAUUCGAUCGUUAAUUGCUGGUUUUUUAUGAUCGCAUUGUGUUCUUGCAUCUUCCCGCAUUGUAAAUUUUAUUCGCUGGUUUUAAAAAAUCUUUUUUGUUGUGUGAAAGAAUAUAAUGUCAUUCAA